AUGUUCGUGCUUUUGGCUUUGUUACUCUCGUGCCUUCUUAUCACAGUAAACGCUGGUUCAGACUCUGAGACAGUACUGAUCCUCGGAGGCGGCGUGGCUGGAAUUAUUGCAGCUAAAACUCUUCAUGAAGCUGGCAUAGAUGACUUUAUCAUUAUUGAAGCCCGAGACGAGCUGGGUGGAAGAAUGAAAAGUCAUCACUUUGGUGGGCAGACAGUCGAGCUCGGCGCCAAUUGGAUUCACGGCGCUGAGCCUAUGUCGGGUCUCGUGAAUCCUAUUUAUACCUUGGCCAAGAAACAUGAGGUGAAGACGCAGUACAAUGACUUUUAUGGAAGCGUAUCGACCUUCGAUUUGAAUGGUACCACUGAUUUCAUUGACGUCUGUCGCAAGGCAUUUCAGGACCAUAUAAAGCUGACUAUCGCCGGAGGUGAGAGACUCGGCAGAUCGCUUGUCGACCUUUCUGCUCGAACGGGUUACGCUCUUGUGGGCUCUAAGCCUCAGACUCAUCAUGAACAAGCCGCCGAGUAUUUCCAUUUCGACAUGGAAUACGCGCAAUCUCCAGAACAAUCAUCAUGGAUCGCACAGGCUAUGAAUGCAAACUUCACCUAUGACUUCACUGGGGAAAGGCCUUCGAAAGAUACGCUUUUAUCUAUUGAUCGACGAGGAUUCAAGACUGUUGUCCAGGCGGAAGCAGCUGAAUUUUUGGAGCCUUCUCAGGUCAUGUUUAAUUCGAUUGUUACGGACAUCUCGUAUUCCGAUAGCGGAGUAAGCGUGACUCUCGACGGUGGGCGCUUGAUACACGGCGCGUACGCUCUAUGUACUUUCAGCUUGGGCGUGCUUCAACAUGAUGAUGUACGGUUCCACCCGCAGUUACCCGAUGAUGCAUAUCGGAAAGCAUACAAACAAGAAGCUAUCCAAAGCAUGGUGAUGGCCACGUAUACCAAGAUUUUCUUCAAGUUUGAUCGAAAAUUCUGGUUUGAUACAGAGAUGGGAUUGUAUGCAGAUCCAGAACGGGGACGUUAUUCCACAUGGCAGAGUUUAGACCACCCGAAUUUCUUUCCCGGUUCGGGUAUCAUUUUUGUCACCGUGACUGGUAUCUUCGCCGAACGAGUCGAGUCCUUACCUGAUCCACGAGUCAGGGAAGAGGCACUCAGCGUUUUGAAGCAAAUGUUCCCCGAUAUUGACGUUCCUCAACCACUCGACAUGGUUUUCUAUCGAUGGCAUUCAGAUCCUUUGUAUCGUGGGUCGUACUCAAACUGGCCCCCUUCGUUCUUCCUUUCGCAUUAUCACAAUUUGAGGGCUAACUUGGGAAGACUGUACUUUGCUGGCGAAGCGACAAGCUUGAAAUAUGUCGGGUUUUUGCACGGAGCUUACGAUGAAGGUCUGAAUAUCGCGAGGGAGAUCAUUAAAUGUAUCGGAGAGGAUGAGUGUAACCCGAUGAAAAGAGUGCCAGAUAUUACCAUUGGAGACGAGAGAUCUUAUGACCGCUUCAAUAUGCAGUACAGUAUAUAUUAA